AUGGCGGUCCGACCCCCUGAUGGGACGGUGAACUUGAAUAGGGUGUCGGAGUACCAGCGUGUCCCGGGAGCCCAGGAGCCCAGUCCAGCGAAGAGACAGAGAGCGUCCCCGUCCUCCUCUCACUCCUCGUCUUCCAGAACGGCACACAGGAGAAACGGCAGAGUCCUGGACAAACCGCGCUCCUCCAGCACCAGCAAGACCCCCAACAAAACAUUGAAGAUGACCGAGCUGCUAUCCAUCAAGAGGGAGCUGACUGGGAUCAAAGUCCAGAUCGACGAGCUGCUGGACUGUGUGGACAAGAUGGACCAGCAGAGGAAGGACUGCCCAGAGCGUCCCAUGGGCAGAGAGACCUCCCCUCACCGGGGCUCCGUGAGCAGUGUGGAGCGGGACAGUCCUGAACCCGGAGAGGCCAGUGAGGAGGAGGCGGCCUACUACCACUACUACAAUACACACACAUACUCAGACCGGAUAUCUCCACAUUCUUUAGACCCAGAGGACGACCUGUGA